UGCAAUCAAUUUUUGAUUUUGUACGAUGUCUACACACAGUUCCUAUAUAACUUUAGUAAACAUAUUACUAUACAAAUAAGUUAGUAAUGUCAGAAGAUCAAAGAGCGUGCCCAUGCACGGAGAGUCCCAAAGAGAGUCGGCCAUCACUGCCUGAGUGUGUGUGUCCGAGAGAUGAACAUGACCUUGUCAAGCAUCAUGAGAAUUGCGUAUACUAUCGCAACGAGGAACUUAUAUUCCCGCAGGAUCAUGAAGCUUGCGAAUGUUAUGAGCCUCCACCCGAGGACGGAAUAUGCGCGUGCUGUAGUUGUCCACUUGACAAAUGCCGCUGCGCAAAAGCUGGUAGAGAGGUCUUUGACGAGUGGCGUAGUAAACGCGAUAUAGGAGCGAUGCCUGCCGUGCUAGAGGCUUCUCAUCCCUUGAUGCAACGCUUCCAACAAACUUUAAAGCAGUUCUUGGAGAAGGAGAAUGCAAUUGCGCAAGACGAAAUUCUUAAUUUGCGAGAAGAAUUAAGGCUUAGCAAAGUGGCGUAUGAAAAAGAUUUGGAGGCUAUUUACCGAAGUGAUCACGAUACUAAUGCUCAACGGGUCUUAAUAGAAGAGUAUGAGAGUACUCUAGCCCAGAGUGCAGCUGACAGACGGGCAGCAGAGCAGAAAUCACGUGAGGCCAACGAUCAAUAUCGGAAAGCCAAAGAGAAGCUUGACCAGCAUAUUGUGACAGAGAGGGAAGCCACAGAGGAAUUAGAAGCACUGACAAGUCUAUGCAAACAGUUGGAAUCAUGGCGCGAAGAGACGGAGUCUGAUUUGACCGUCAGUCAACGAAUGUCAGACAAGAUGCGAGCUGAGAAACGGGCCCUCGCUGAUGAAAAACGACAACUGGACAUGAUAAUAUACGGGCUAAGCAAUGAAGUGUGGAAGUUGGAGUCAAAACUGGAAAUGUUCCAAAAACAAAUGGAAAUUAAAAAUAUAGAGAUGGAGAAUGUCAACGAUAAGGUAACAGCAUAUGCAGCAGAACUCGAGGAUCUAGAGUUGGAUAAGAAACGUCUAGUCAGCUUGUGGAAUUCUGUGCUCAUGAACAUUCAGCAGAGAGACCGAGUCUACGAUUCCGUACGAGAUGACUACAGAGUUCUUCAAGAAAAUUAUCGCACUUUGCUUAAUAAUUUAGAAAUUACUAAAAAAGUUACAAUGGAAGAAAUGAAUAAAGGAAAGGAGAUCGCAAUGAACAAGGAUAAACUAGAAUACGAUCUUACAAAUGCAAACAAAUUGUAUGAAACUGAAGAAUCAAAGAGGGUGAACUUAGUAGCCCAAAUUGCUGAACUGACGGAGUCUAUAGAUAUGACACAGCGGGAUCAGGAUCUUCUAACAUCUGAAAAUCAAACAAUGAGAAACAUACUGAAAAGCACCGAGAAGGAAUACGAUCAUCGUGUUGAGCAGAAAUUAAAGUUGGAGAACGAGAUCCUCACGAACCUACAGGAAUGUCUCCUUAAUGACAAAGCAGUAGAAUCCAUGGCUAAUGGCAUUAAGAAAAUGAGAGAAAUUUCUAGAAAACAGGAGAUAGCAUUAAUGGCGAUGGAAAACCAGCAUGCGAAGAUGAUGCUCGACAUCGAAUUACACAGAAAUAGACAGGCAAAGAACAAAAUAGUGCUAGAUGACACACAAGCUAAAGUGAGAGAAAGAGAAAAGGAGAUAGAGGGACUGCAAGAGAAAUACGAUCAAAAAGCACUGAUCAUCUUAAGGAAGCAAAGAGAACUGGAUAUUAUCAUUAAGAAAUAUAAUGCUUUGAAAGAAGUUUUUGAUUUAAAAUCACCUCAAGAGCGCCGUAUUGAAGAGUUGGAGCAACAGAUAAAAUCUUUGCGCGAGCGCACAGAAAACAUGCAGCAUGAGUGGUUGCGUCUCCAGGGACAUGUAGUGAAGCUUACUGCGCAGCAUCACAAGAUUAUAGCUGAUGUUAAUCUCAUUAAUAAGCAAAUCCAAAUUUGCGAUCAAAAGACAAUGCGCAUUCAAGCGGAGUGUCUCCACGUUGACGAGGAAAAGGCGCGAGUUGAACGAUCAUUACGCGAAUUACGUGGCCGAUUGGAAUUAUUGGAACGAACACGUAAAGACUCCACUGAACGUAACCAGAACGCAAUCAAGGCUAAUGUCGCUGUUACACACGAGUACGUUGCUAAUCUUAAGGAUGCUGAAACAGAGAUAAUACAGUUAGAAGAAGAUAUAGAAGCGAUGGAAAAAGAUAAAAUUAAUCUCACACAGGAUCUCGAUCGGGUUCAACGUGAAGCUCUUAUUUGGCAAAGAAAGGGUAUUCUUGCAGUUGAUCUCAAGAGAAACAUUCAAAAUGCAAAAUCGGCUGCUGGCGAAAUUGGGCAAAUGAGGGCUGAGAUUCACAGAAUGGAAGUUCGUCGUGAACAACUUCGUAAAACCGGUGAGAAAUUAGCGGAAGACUUGGCCCUUUACGUGACUCGAAGAGAGACGGUUAUUGAGAAGAGUCGAGCUGCUGCCGCAGUCGAGAAGGCACAUGGAACUUCCUCACAGACCUCACAAUCUACCUAUCACCAUAAGUUGAGGCUCGUUAAGGCUGAUGUUGCUAGAGUAACUAAGGAUUUAUCAGAAACUAAGCAACGUUACGAGACCCUUGAGACUGAGCAAGUACGCCUUGAAAGGGAGGUGGCUGAUACAAGCGCACUGAACGCACAGAUAGAAGAGCGGGUAGCUACCCUUAUGCGACAUACGCAGGAAGCCGAGAAACAGAAGCAAUGGCUUCUUGAACGUGUAGUACGCAGCCAGCGCCUCGGUUCAGAAUUAGGCACCGCCAUCAAACGUCAAACGGUGCACGUACGCAAACCUAAAGCCAUCGUCGUUACCGAGUACAACCAGGCUAAAACCCUUAACGACAAAAUGAAAUAUAUAGUUGAGAAACUUCUGCACGAGUACCCUUAUUUGAGCGACAGACUUGAAGUGAUCGCUAAUACGUUGGACAUACAUACACCGACUGAUACGCCAACGUUGGUAGAAGAAUGUGUAUGUAUUCGCGAAGAAGUUGAAGGGCCCCAGGAAGUACCAGAGAGGCUAGAAGAUUAGUUUUGGCAAAGAGCGUCUAAUUUAUCAAGAAGGAGCUCUACUAUGUUUGACAGAAUUAAACGUUAAUCUAUACUAAUAUUAUAAAGAGAUAAAGUUUGUGAGGUUAUAGGGGGUAAUAUAUGCGUCUACAGAACCGAUUUUAAAAAUAUAUUUAUUAGGAAGUACGUACGUAUUUAUUAACCCAAAUUAAAGACUUAUUUGUGGUAUUCGAAUAUGCAAAGUCGGAUUGCGGUGAAUUUAUGAGGGUUUAGGUAUAUUUUUCAAGGUUUACGGGUCACAGUUUCCUGCGUGAAGCCGGGGCUUGUCGCUAGAGUAAAAUAAGUCAUUAAUGUAUGGCAAAUACUAAUAAUUUUCAUAAAAAAUUUUGAUCCACACGUUUUGUUCAUAGAUUUACUCUCUUAUUAAUAAAAACUAAUUAUAUUUUAACUAAAGUACUGCUAGGUCUCUUACUAUCGAAUCGUGUUUAUCAUGUGAUGAAAAGAGAGACGUGUACUUAAGUUAAAACGGUGCAAUUAGACUAUGAAUAAGGAGGUAAAACUUUGUCGAACUCAUGGUAGGACUAGUGUCAACUAAAUUUUUCGUAUAGAGACGUUGAAGUAUUAUAUAUAAUGAAAUAUACAA